AUGUCGAAUCGUCCUGUAGGUCCAGUGGUUUUGCUGCCUCCAGCCAAGAGGCCCUCGCCUGUCACUCUUGAAGGCCGCACCACCACUCUGAUCCCAUUACGCCCUGAUCACGCCGAGCAGCUUUUCCCACUCGUCGGAGUCAAUGAUGAAGCAAAGGCUGCCUUAUGGGACUACAUGUCUGACGGUCCGUUCAGCGAUGAGUCUUCUUUCCAAGCAGCAAUCACGGCAAAAUCCACAUCCUCGGACCCAUUCUACUUUGUUGUGAUUGACAAUCGGGAUACAACCACUAAAGGCCAGGCAUUGGGCUACAUAUCCUUGAUGAACAUCAUCCCUCAGCAUCUGAGCAUCGAGAUUGGAAAUGUCCUCUUCUCUCCCGCACUACAGCGUACAACCUGCGCCACUGAGGCAGUCUACCUGCUUCUCAAGUACACGAUUGAAGUUCUGGGUUAUCGUCGUGUGGAAUGGAAGUGCAAUGCGCUGAAUGCUCCAUCGCGGCGGGCGGCGCUGAGACUAGGGUUUACGUUUGAGGGGGUCUUUCGGCAGCAUAUGGUGAUCAAGGGGAGGAGUCGGGAUACGGCCUGGUUUUCUCUGCUGCGGGAAGAGUGGGAAGAUGCUAUCAAGGAGACCAUGCAGGCAUGGCUGGAGGAGAGUAACUUUGACCAAGAUGGCAAGCAGAAGAAGGGACUGGAAGGAUUUAGGACGAGGAAGCAGGACAAGGCUUGA